AUGGAUUAUCAACGGCCCUCUACCCGUCAGGAUUUUGAGGUCGCCAUUAUAUGUGCCUCGCCUCUCGAGUUCAACGCCAUUUCUCUCUUAUUUGAUCAAUUUUGGGACGAAGAUGGCGAUCCGUACGGAAGAGCUACUGGAGACCCCAAUUAUUAUACCACCGGUCGCUUUGGCAAGUAUGAUGUUGUUCUUGCGCUCCUAACUCGCACAGAUAGGGCUACUGCGGCGAGUGCAGCUGCGAGCAUACGCACGAGCUACUCCGGCUUACGCCUGGCUCUAUUUGUUGGGAUUUGUAGCGGAGUGCCUCAAAUUCACGAUGGGGAUGACGAGGACGAAAUCAUGCUUGGUGAUGUGGUUAUUAGCAGCACAGUCGUACAAUGCGACUUUGACACGCAGCAUCCCAAGAAAUACAUUCAUAAAGACACCGUGGAGGACAAUUCGGUAAAGCCAAAUAAAGAUAUUCGUAAUCUACUGGUUACGUUUCAAACAGAGCUUGGUCUAGGGCGACUUCAGAAACAAACUGUCAACUUUCUCAAACAGCUUCAGGCAAACGCUACCCCAAAAAAGAGGCGAAAGUACAAGUAUCCUGGAAUAAUAGAAGAUAAGCUAUUUGAGUCGACGUAUCGUCAUAAACACCGUGGCUCACCAGCAUGUGUCUGCAAUGAUCACCGUUGGAUGUCCGACCUUGUUUGCAAGAAUGCUAUCCAUUGUCCUUGUAAGGACUUGGGAUGUGAUGAAAAAUACUUGGUAGUUCGACAACAACUUACGACGAAAGAACGGUUACCGCGAGAUGGCACCGAAGAAGCUCACGAACCAAGUAUCCAUGUCGGCGCUAUUGCGUCGGGAGAUAUAACAAUAACGUCGGGGGAAUAUAGAGAUCAGAUUGCAGAGAAUGAAGGCAUCAUAGCCUUCGAAAUGGGUGGCGCCGGUAUCUGGGAAGAAGUCCCCUGCAUCAUUAUCAAAGGGAUUUGUGAUUAUGCAGAUUGCCACCAAAGCAAGAAUUGGCAGAAUUAUGCAGCUGCUACGGCAGCGUCAGCAUCCAAGGCCGUGCUGCAACGCUAUAUACAAACGGAAAAGCCAUCCAGUGCCCUCCUCCAAUCCGGUAAGCAAUGA